AACUCACUAAGAAUAUCUCAAUAUAUAGAUACUCCAAUACAAGAGAAAUCAUACAUUAAACCAUGGAGUUUAGCAUCCCAUCAACACUCAUAGCCCUUCUUUCGUUUCUACUCUUUCUCUUCUUGUUUCUCAAAUCGCGACGAAUUUCAUUAUCCGCAAACAAUUACUCACACAUCCCAGGUCCCAAAACACUCCCUCUCAUCGGAAAUCUGCAUCUGAUGCUACGCGCCACCGCACCCCACCACAUAUUUAGAGAUCUCGCCGCCAAAUACGGGCCGUUGAUGCAUAUGCAGCUAGGCGAACUCCACUUCCUCAUCGUGUCCUCCGUCGACCUCGCAAACCUAGUGCUGAAAACUCAGGACAUCAACUUCGCCAACCGGCCCACGUGGCUGGCGACGGAGACGAUAGCCUACAGUUCCUCCAACAUCGGCUUCUCCCCCUACGGCGACUACUGGCGCCAGCUGCGGAAGAUCUGCACGCUGGAGCUCCUGAGCGCGCGCCGCGUGCAGUCCUUCCGCCGCAUAAGGGAGGAGGAGAGCAUGAAUUUGUGCCAAUGGAUAGCUUCACGCCACGAAUCGCCGGCCAACCUGUCACAUAAGCUUUACUUGUCGUCGUACGAUGUUAUUACGAGAGCGGCGCUCAACGCUAAAACCGAAGAGCGUGAGAUGGUGGUUUCACUAAUCAUUGAAUCCUUAAAGUUAGCGACAGGAUUAAUGUUGGCCGAUUUCUAUCCUUCCAUCAGAUUACUGUCGUUGAUCACCGGAGCCGAAUUCAAGGUCCGACGCUUGCAUCGCAAAUUAGACAAGUUGCUCCAUGGCAUCAUCGAGCAGCACAGAGCAGCAGCCAACGACGAUGAUCCAAAGUUUGAAGAUUUUAUAGAUGUUCUCCUCAAGUUUGAAGAAGAUGGGGGUCUAACUACUGACAACAUCAAAGCAGUUGUGUUGGAUAUGUUCUUUGGUGGAACUGACACGUCAGCCACAACCAUAGAAUGGGCAAUGUCAGAGCUGAUAAGAAACCCUAGCAAACUCAACAAGGCUCAAGAAGAAGUAAGAAAGGUUUUCGACGACAAGGGAUACGUAGACGAAGACAAGUUCAAUGACCUAAAAUACCUCAAAUUAAUCAUGAAAGAGACUCUGAGAUUGCACCCGGCGUUGCCGCUUUUACUGCCUAGAAUGAGUUCCCAAAGAUGUGAAAUCAAUGGAUACGAAAUCCCAGCAGGAAGCAGAGUUAUCGUGCUCGGGUCUGCUCUGGGAAGAGACCCCAAGUAUUGGAAAGAUGCAGACAAGUUUAUACCGGAGAGAUUCGAGGAGAGCUCCUAUGAUUUCCAAGGGAGCAAUUUAGAAUACAUACCCUUCGGCGCGGGAAGGAGAAUCUGUCCUGGCAUGCAGUUCGGGCUGGCCAACGUUGAGCUUCCGCUUGCUAUGCUUCUCUAUCAUUUCGAUUGGAAAAUGCCAAAUGGGAUCAAAGGAAAAGAAUUGGAUAUGACAGAGGCCUUUGGUGCCACUGUUAAUAGGAAACAGCCUUUGUGUUUGAUUCCCAUUGUUAAGCGACCUUUGCAUGCGCCUGCUUGACUGAUUUAGGGAGUGUUUACUUUGGGUGAUACAGUUUUUAAAUUUGAUCAUGUAAUCAUAUGUGUUCUCGAUCGUCAGCCUAAUUUAUCGCUCAAAUUAAAUGCUUCUUUUGAUAUAUAAAUAAUCCAUUUCCUCUA